AUGGCCUUCGGUUCCUUUGAAUCCUCCUUCUUGCAGCAGCACCAGUCCACUUUCGACGAACCUAAACCUCAGCAACUGGCCUCCCCCGAAUGGUCCCCCUCCGAACUCGCCUCGACCAAGGAGUUGACAGAAAGCUCGAACAAGUCCACCGAACCCUAUCGCUUGAACGUCAAGACCCACGUCUUCAAGAAGGAGUUGCAGGAGUACGUCCCCACCCAGCUGGAUGAUCGUCUUCGCAUUGAGACAAUCAUCUAUGUCGAGUUAUCGAUCGUUGAUCAGAUGGACGGUUCCUUGGUGAGAAAUUACGACUAUGUGCGUCUCCCCAAGGAGUUGUUCUUCGCCCAGCCGGACAAGGAGAUGAAUGCCGAGGAGAUGGCGUCCAAGCGCAUUUUGAACGUCGAGGCUUCUCUGCAGUGUCCCUCCAACAACUGGCAGGUCGAGACUGAGGCCUGUGUCCGAUGUGCUCGUCGCAUGUCUGCCAAGUUGGAGCAGAACGAAAGUCGUAUCAUCCAUAUGAUCCCCGAGCUGUAUCGUGCCGAGAAUGGCGAUGCGCUGGUCAGUUUCAGAAGUGGGGUGGCCAACCUCCAGUUCAAAGUUAAUUGCUACUGCGGCCACAAGAAGGAGAAGGAGGGUUUCGUGAUCCGCUUCGAUUCCAUGUCCGACGACUCGAUCGCGUCCCAUUUGACCUUGCCCCUCAUGUUCUACCACCAGAACAAGAACCGCAUCAUCUCUCGAGCCCUCGCCGCCGAAGCCAAGGCCAAGGCCAAAGCCGAGCAGCAGCUCUUGAAGGCCCAGGCUCGCAUGGCCGGUAAAUCCGCCGCUAAAGCCAAACGAGUACCACGGAGUAAAGCUAAUCCUCAGCACCACCAUAUCCCGUCCCCACCUUCUUCGUCUUCAAGUUCUCCUAUGGACUACUCGUUGAGUCCCGAUCUCGGUGACUUUAUGGAUAGCGCCGAUAUGGGUUACAAAGCCGACGCUCCGCCUCCCCCUGACCCAUUGGCUAUGAUAUCCUUGUUCCCCGAGCUCACCAACGAAACCACCCCUCAGUCACAGCAGCAGUCGCAGCCACAGCAACAGCAGCAGGUCGCUGUCAUCAGCCGUAUGACCCCUAGCACUGGUCCCACUCGCGGUGGUACCUUGGUCACCAUUCACGGGUCCGGGUUCACUGUCGGGGAGAUGAUCUACGUCUGCUUUGGCGAGACCUUGGUACCCGUCAUCCCCCAGUACCACCACAUGAUCGAGUGCUUUACUCCCGCAGCGACCAAGGCCGAAACCGUCGCCGUGUUUGCUCUGCAGAACACCACCCCCUCCAACAUCCCUGCUCAAGCCACCUUCACAUACGUUGACGACAACGAGAAGGAGCUCAUGAAGCUCGCUCUCCAGCGCAUGUUGAACAUUGCUGCCGACAUGGAUGGACCCGUCGACUCUGUCUUGACCCGCGCCAAUGACUUUACCCUCUGGAACGACCUCUUGGGCGGCUCGACGUCGUCGUCGUCUGACGAUUCGACUUCGGCCUACGAGAACCUCGAGAACAUGGUCAUGGACUCGUUCAAACAUUUGGAUACCCCGGUUGCCAAGAACGUUGAUGGUCUCUCGAUCACGAACAUGACCGGUCACACCAUGCUACAUCUGUCAGUUCCUUUGCAGUACCAGGACUUGGCCAAGGACCUUAUCGACAGAGGUAUCGACUUGACGAUCCAAGACAAGAACGGAUUGACGGCUCUUAACUGGGCGCAGCGUUUCGGUGACCAGGCCAUGAUUGAUCUUAUUGCCGAGGCUGCCAGAUUCGAGGCCCCUGCUCCCUUCCAGUCUAAUAAGAAAGAUGUUGCCAUGAUUGCCCACCAGGCAGUUGGUAACGAUAAGGCCGUCCACUACCGCGACCACCACAUGGAGGCUGCCCAGUCGUUGGGAUCGAUGGAAAAUCGUAGCCACGCCAACUUGUAUGAGGGGAACGGCUACAGCGGCCUGAGCUCGCUGCCGGGCAAGAUCAUAGACUCCUCUCCGCUUCAGAGCCUUGCCCCGGUAACGAUCCGGGACCUCCCUCACGUAGCAGCAGUCUAUGAGCACAACGGUCAUAGCGGCGUCGCACCCGACGUGGCUGCCAAUGUGCUGCCACCUCCUACCCUUGGUGUCCAGCACAGCGACCCCGGGAUGGAUUUCGAAUGGAGCGGCUCUCCCCCAGUUGCCGCGGCUAAGAGCACCAUGAUGAUGUCCGCCAUCCCCUCGGUCGGCAUUCCCCUUUUGCGGGACGACGGCGUCGAGCAGGCUGCUCCCAUCCAGACCCCUGGAUUGCCCCGGGUUAUCACCCGUGUCCUGCCUCCUUCGCCCACGGACAUCAUCGACACCGGCAGGAUGAACGCAAUUGACGUAGUCGUUCGGGACCACGAAAGGGUUCUCCUGCCCGUUGAGACUCAGUUGGAAGUAACCAGCCUCGGCCAGGACUUCCAUUGGGUCACCCGUGGGGAGGGGACCCAGGUCGUUGUGGUUCGCCGUAACAGCAACGACGUUGGCGGAUCAAUUGAUGCCGCCGAGCAGGCUGUAGUUCAGAGCAGCCGUUACGACGUCGAAUCUGAAUCGGUGUUGUUCUUGGGAGGUAUGCCCGUUGUCGUCGCGCCCCGCGCCACCACAGCCGCUACCGCCUCGGUGAACGGAACUGCAUCGUCGAACGCUCGUCAGGAGAGAGACUCGACCGGCUCUGCCUCCUCCCACCAGGGCAAUGGCAGUCACGAGAUGAACAACGCUUAA